AUGUCGCUCGGUGCCCCGACUCGCAAGGUUGCCAAGGCUCCCGGCGCCGCCGGCAAGUCCUCGAAGAAGACGACCAACCCCCUCUUCGAGUCGCGCCCCAAGUCGUUCGGCAUCGGCCAGUCGGUCCGCCCCCCGACGGACCUGACGCGCUUCGUCAAGUGGCCCGAGUACGUGCGCCUCCAGCGCCAGAAGGUCAUCCUCCACCAGCGCCUCAAGACGCCGCCCGCGAUUGCCCAGUUCGCCAACGUUCUCGACAAGAACACUGCGACGCAGCUGUUCCGUCUCGCCAACAAGUACAAGGGCGAGACGAAGCAGGAGAAGAAGGCGCGUCUCGAGGCCAAGGCGGCGGACCUCGCCGCUGGCAAGAAGGACCUCGACGAGGCGAAGAAGCCCUACUUCAUCAAGUCGGGCCUCAACCACGUCGUCUCGCUCGUCGAGGCCAAGAAGGCCAACCUCGUCAUCAUCGCCGACGACGUUGACCCGAUCGAGCUCGUCGUCUUCCUCCCGGCCCUCUGCAAGAAGAUGGGCAUCCCCUACGUCAUCGUCAAGGGCAAGGCCCGCCUCGGUGCCGUCGUCGGCCGCAAGACGUCGUCGGUCCUCGCCUUUGGCGACGUCCGCGCUGAGGACAAGGCCGAGCUCGCCAAGCUCGUCUCGGCCAUCAAGGCCAACUACACCGACAAGUACGCCGAGGCGUCGCGUCACUGGGGCGGCGGUCUCCGUGGCACCAAGUCCUAUGCCAAACUGCAGAACCGCGCGAAGGUUCUUGGCCAGGACCCGAACAAGGUCUCGCGCUUUGUCUAG